AAGUACAGCAUGCGAAAUGAGUGCAGGAGAACACAGGCAUAAAGAGGGUCAAAAGCUUAAAAAGGCUGAAGCAAAUAAAGUGUGUACAAUAGAAAGGAGAAAAAAAAAGUAGGCCUGGCAGUGAAAGGAUAAAAACAGAACUGCAAAAUUUACAGAUGACUGAUUUGAAAUAUGAACAGAGGAAACCAAAGUAAAUUAGACAAAUGUAUGUUUGCAGUGCCUUAUGUGUCAGCCUUGUAAAAGCCUUGUGUGUGCGCAUGCUCCUGUGACGCCCGUUUAUACAAAAGUUAGUUGGUGACCCUAUUUACAUUUCACCAUCUAUUUUUGUUCUCUCUUCUUCCACGGCAUACCCUCCCAACACCACACAAACACACACUCGUCUCUGCCCGGUACCACCUUUUUUAUACCGCAGCCUUCACUUAAGACAUACAGUAGCAGAGCGUCUUUCGUUUGGGUAUCUUGUCAACACACACAAACUUGCUUGGUUUCCCAUAAAUCUCACUUUCACAUGCAUGCUGUCACCUACAUGGUUAUUUGCAGGCACACACGCGCUUUUGCAUACGUAAACCCCUUUUCCUCGAGCUUAAACAAACACGCACACACUCCAUGGUGCACUCACAGCAAAAGCACUGCACUGCAUGCACAGCACACUCGUGAUCGGCUGAGGCAGCCUGUGAGGGAAAGCGAUGUUGGGAUCUGUUUGCUCCACUGCUGCUACAGAACAGCGCCUGACUCGGAAACGGAUCUCUCGCGUCAUUUGCCUUCCGUCCUCUUCUGCAACAUGAUUUAGCCUUCAUGGUCUCUCUUUCAUUCUGCUUGGGUUCACAUCACUGAUUUGGAUGCUCCUGCUUUGAUGUGCGCUUCGCUUCAUCCCUUUAGGUCUGUCAGUUGAUGUCAUUCUGUGACAUCAAACACCUGCUUGACCUGUUUACCUCCUGCAGGCCCAGUGCAUUGUGAGGAAGCUUUGCAUGAUGUAAAGCUGAGCGCUUUCUGUGAUCUCUGUUGUCUUGUGCAACCCCUUUUAAUCCUUUUUUUUUUCCAUACUCCAUUCCAUUUUUUUUUUAUUCUUUUGCUUUGCUCACCUCAGUCAGGCACUCCCAUCUACCUCUCCCUCACUGCGCUCCACAUUUCUCUGCCCUUCUUUGCCCUACAUUCGCUUUCUUCUCUGAUGCCAGCUUCUCUGCUUCAUUCACUCAGCUGUCCUGCUGUGUUCUUUGGAUAAGAUCAGGGAAUGACCAGACAAAGGUGGAUGCUAUGAUCCUGCAACCUGACAUUUGGUGUUGCUGGGAACCUGCGCUCUAUGGAUUUCAUGUCAAGGAUUGAUUUUUUUGGAUAAACAGCUGCUGCUUGAAGACCCGAAUUUGAUAUUUUGUGAGGAUUUGUUUAACCGCUGGAGGGCCUUAAGUGGAGCAAAGUCCUUCGAAUGAAGGGAGUGGGCUUGAAGUUAGAUUGAGGAUCAUUUUACACACUGUAAGUGGUGAUGGUGUUUUCCUGGUUAAAGGUCAUGCCAUGUUGCAGUAGCUGAUCUGUAGUUGUGUCAUGUCUCAAGGAGUGAGCAUCACUGAGUGAGCAGCCAAGACUACAGCAGUAGAGGAUAAUACCACAUAAUCUUCAGUGGUUUUUAAUUUAGUUGAUUUUUAUUUUAUUUUCAUUGAGUUUAUACAGUGGGACGCUUUCAAGCCCUGUCUUAUAGCAUGUGUCAUCCUUGACCACUUGAUGGAUGCCCCAGAAUAAACACGUUGGCUCUCUUUAUUGCUUCACCAGUAUAGUACUCUGCCCGAUAUUUAACAUCCUGGUCUAAUUUUUCUGGAUAUUUUACUACCGUAUGGAUGCCAGCAGUGUAACCAGCAACAUUUUUGGAUACAUCUCAGGUUCUUUUUCCUCGGUGCAUUCAUGUCAAUCUUUUGAAAGGAAUACUCGUUCGGUAGCUGCCAAACACAUAGGACACGGAAGCGCCUGAGGCUCUAUGCUGAUUUUGAUGCCCCGCAAUUUAGUUUGGGUGCUGUGGCCAGGAUUGGAACAGCAUCCCCUACAGAACAAAUGGAGGACAGUGGCUGCAUACCACUCUGCUGGAGCAAAGGAGCCUGCAUCUAUGCACAGCAUCCAUUACCAAAAUAUGACGGCCAGUUAGCCCCGCUAAGAACAUCUGAGUCAGGCAUGGCAACGUCUUCCUACUUGGAGCCCAACCUCAAUCACUCUGGAGCAGGUGGGUGCGGCGUUAAAUCCCGGUCCGGGGUGGCCGGUGGUACUGGUGUUGGUAGCAGCGGCUCUGCUGGUGGUCUUGAGAGGGCGCCGGGUUCUAUGGAUCGGGUUCUGAAGAUCUUCCACUACUUCGAGACAAAUAGUGAACCAAGCACCUGGGCAAGUAAUAUAAGACAUGGAGAUGCUACUGAUGUCAGGGGAGUCAUCCAGAAAAUAGCGGAAAUCCACAAAUUGCGUUGUGUCACUUCGCUUGGCCUCCGUUUAACUCAUUUGCACACGGACGCACGUCAUUGGUUACAUCCUGACUUGGGGGUCUCUCAUGUCAGGGAGAAAUAUGAGAAACAGCACCCACAGGAGGAGUGGAGGUAUGAGCUGCGUCUGCGCUACUUUCCUAAAGGUUACCUCAGUCAUUUCUCGGAAGACAAACCCUCGCUCAACUACCUCUAUCACCAGGUAAAGAGUGACUACAUGCAACAUAUCGCAGAUCAGGUGGAUCAAGAUGUUGCUUUGAAAUUGGGCUGUUUAGAAAUAAGGCGCUUUUUCAGAGAGAUGCCAGGAAAUGCCCUUGACAAGAAAUCCAACUACGAACUGCUAGAGAAAGAUGUUGGUUUGAGAAGGUUCUUCCCUAAAAGCCUUCUAGACUCUUUAAAGGCAAAGACUCUUCGUAAGCAGAUCCAGCAGACCUUCAAGCAGUUUGCCAACCUCAACGAUGAGCAGAGCAUCCAUAAAUUCUUUGAGAUAAUCUCUCCUAUCUACCACUUCGACAAGGAGUGCUUCAAAUGUGCUUUAGGGUCAAGUUGGGUAAUAUCAGUAGAGCUGGCAAUCGGACCAGAGGAAGGAAUCAGCUACCUCACGGAUAAGGGCUCAACGCCUACCCACUUAGCUAACUUCAACCAGGUUCAGUCCAUCCAGUAUUCCGCUUUGGAGGAAAAGGACAGGAAAGGCAUGCUGCAGCUCAACGUAGCAGGAGCUCCAGAGCCUCUCACAGUCACCACGGCGUCGCUGACUACAGCAGAAAACAUGGCCGACUUGAUUGACGGUUACUGCCGACUCUUCUCCUUAGCUACUCAUUCCUUCAUCGUCAGAAUCCACAAAGAGGGGGACCGAGCGCUACCAUCCCUCCCAAAAGUGUCAAAUCACGAGAGGCGGAUGGAAAAACGGAUGGAGGGAGUGCGAACCAGAGCAGUGUGUGUGUCAGGGCACACUAGUGGCGAUGAAACGGAUGAUUAUGCUGAGAUCAUAGAUGAGGAGGACACCUAUACAAUGCCCUCAAAGUACUAUGGACUAGAUCAAGCACAGGACUAUGAGAUUCAGAGGGAUCGCAUUGAACUGGGCCGCUGCAUAGGUGAGGGUCAGUUUGGGGACGUCCACCAAGGAGUCUACAUCAGCCCGGAGAACCCGGCACUGUCAGUGGCUGUGAAGACGUGUAAGAAUUCAACGUCGGACAGUGUCAGGGAGAAAUUUCUCCAAGAAGCACUAACCAUGCGGCAGUUUGACCAUCCUCACAUUGUGAAGCUGAUGGGAGUCAUUACAGAGAAUCCAGUCUGGAUCAUCAUGGAGCUUUGUACAUUGGGAGAGUUACGCUCCUUCUUGCAAGUGAGAAAAUACAGUUUAGACCUGGCCACUCUCAUCUUGUACUCCCACCAGCUCAGCACAGCAUUGGCCUACCUGGAGAGCAAACGCUUUGUACACAGAGACAUAGCAGCACGCAACGUCCUGGUAUCCACUGUGGAUUGUGUGAAGCUGGGUGACUUUGGUCUGUCACGGUACAUGGAAGACAGUUCUUACUACAAAGCCUCUAAAGGGAAGCUGCCUAUUAAAUGGAUGGCUCCUGAGUCAAUAAAUUUUAGAAGAUUUACCACAGCCAGUGAUGUCUGGAUGUUUGGUGUCUGUAUGUGGGAGAUUUUGAUGUACGGCAUCAAACCUUUCCAAGGUGUCAAAAACAACGACGUCAUUGGCAGGAUAGAGAAUGGAGAACGACUUGCUAUGCCCCCUCAGUGCCCUCCAACCCUGUACAGCUUGAUGACUAAGUGCUGGUCGUAUGAUCCCAGCAAGAGGCCACGCUUCAAUGAACUGAAAACCCAGCUCAGUACCAUACUAGAGGAAGAGAAAGUCCAGCAGAAGGAGAGGAACAGGAUGGAGAUGAGGAGACAGGUCACCGUUUCUUGGGAUUCGGGUGGGUCUGAUGAGGCACCACCAAAACCGAGUAGACCAGGUUACCCCAGUCCGCGCUCCAGUGAAGGGUAUUACCCCAGUCCCCAGCACCCUGGACACUACCAGAUGACAGGGUACCCUGGCCCUCACACCCUCCCCUCGGUGCCAAGCGCCCUCUACCCAGCGCCGGCCGCAAUGCUGGACACUCAUCACGCGCACACGCACCCCCGCCACCACGUCCACGCACACUCACAUGUACAGCACCUCCCCCAGCCGCAUGGACAGGACAUGGCACACUGGGGCUCGGCCAUGGAGGACAGGGCAGUAGACAUGCAGCAGUGUGUAGGCCAACAGUGCUUGUUAAUGGAGGAACAGCUGAUGCUCCAACAGCAACAGAUGGAGGAGGAUCAGAGGUGGCUGGAGCAGGAGGAAAGGCUGCUGAAACCAGACACCAGAAGCUCUCGAGGGAGUCUGGACCGAGAUGACGGAGGACUCCAGCCACCAACGGGAAACCAACACAUAUACCAGCCCGUUGGCAAAGCAGAGCUUGUGGCCCCACCAAAGAAACCCCCUCGCCCCGGGGCCCAGAGCCAAGGGAGCAGUCUCGCCGGUCUGAACACUGCAGACAGUUACAAUGAUGGACUGAAGCUGCAGCCCCAAGAGAUCAGCCCACCUCCCACCGCCAAUCUAGACCGCUCCAAUGACAAGGUCUACGAGAACGUAACGGGAUUAGUGAAAGCUGUGAUCGAGAUGUCGAGCAAGAUUCAGCCAGCUCCUCCAGAGGAGUACGUUCCCAUGGUCAAGGAUGUGGGCCUCGCAUUGAGGACUUUGUUGGCCACCGUAGACGAGACACUACCGCAACUUCCUGCCAGCACACACAGAGAGAUUGAGAUGGCGCAAAAGCUUUUGAACUCUGACUUGGCAGAGCUGAUUGGCAAAAUGAAGUUAGCGCAACAGUAUGUCAUGACCAGUCUUCAACAGGACUAUAAAAAACAGAUGUUAACUGCGGCUCACGCCCUCGCCGUGGACGCUAAGAAUCUGCUCGACGUCAUUGACCAAUCCCGGCUCAAGAUGAUGGCCCAGUCCCGCCCACACUAGCCUCAUGUCAGAGGAGACACACACAUACAAGCGCUGGUCAAGUACUUGGUGGAUCAUUCUCCUUUCUGAUAAGUGAGAGUUCUUGGAGGACUGGUAUCCUCUUUCCUCCACCGAGCUGAUCCCUUCAUUUAACUCUGCACCACUGUGAUGUUUUUUUGUUUUUUUUUAAGAACCGAGCAAAAACAGUUCCUGAAUCAGGGAUCUGGCAGCUUUGCUCGCUGUGGACUAAACUGAGGAAGCAAGGAUAAAGUGGUGAUGUUAAAACGGAGAAGACCAUGGAUGAGCCCUUUGCCAUUGCAGUGCUUUCUGUCCAAACUGGCAGAACAAGCCAAGCCAUGAGACUCUUUUGAACUGCAUCAUAUCUGCAUGACUCUGGACUGCACACACAAGGAGAGACUCCAGCAUGUCGACUAGCAGCCAAGACAGAGAAAGCGGUCCCUCAUUUCCCCGCGUCUCAGCGGGUUUUAUUUAUAACAUCAGACACUUCACAUAAUGACACUGAAGGAGAGGCACUAAAAAGAAAAAAAAGUCUUCCUUUUCAUUUUUAUUUCAUUGUCACUACUCUUCCUGUUGUCUUCCUCUCUCAGCUCCUUUCUGAACGGGUUUCAAAGACUCUAAACAUGAAGAAUCCACAUCCAUGAGUUUUUUUGUUUUUUUUUGUGUGUGUCCUUGUGAACAAUCACAGUCUUCUUCCGCGUAACUGAAAUAUUCUAUCCCAGCAGCACCGAGAAGGAAGCUGGAUUAUGAGGGUCUGUGUUUUCUUUCCAACAAGGAGGAGGAGGUUGUCAUCAGUUUUACGAUGACACCAUCACCUCUUCUUGAACUGUUUCACCGUUCCCCUCCCUCACACAUACACACACACACACACACACACACACACACACCACCAGUGUCAUAAAGUGAUUGGACAGGAACACACAUGCUGUGAGUCCCACGUUCGACAGGAACACACGUGCUGUGAGUCCCACGUUCACUUUGAAGAUCCCUGCCCUGACGUGCUGAGCCGCUUUAACUGGAACUUCAUCUUGCACAUGUUGAACUGAAAACACAAACAGCGUGUGUGUGUGUGUGUGUGUGUGCGUGCGUGUGUGUGUGUGUGUGUGUGGCGUAACAUACAGGUAUGGAGGAGAGCAUUAUUUGCACAGCACCAAAAUAAAUCAAAGCAGAUUGAUUCCCUCGUUUAGCCAGCCAAUCAACACCUGGGUAAUAUAGUAGGGUUAAAAUAAUGUAAAAUAAAACAUUUAUUUUAUCUCUUUGUUGUUGUGUAAAUCUGCUCAUGUUGGUAUAUUGUAAGCUGUACUGGUGUGUAUCACUGGUCAUUUGUACAGAAGUCGUACUAGUAAACACUGGUUUUUAUUUUGUCUUCUGGGCUUAAUCUGCCUUCUUGUCAAAUAGCAAGAAAACAAUGAAAUAAAAAUAAUGCAGAAGUGGAAAUAAGGCAAGUGUUUAUUAUUAAUAUAUAUUCUUAAUAUCCAUUCAUUUAUUUUCUACUGCUUAAGAGAGACGGGGUACACCCUGGACUGGUCGCCAGUCAAUCACAAGACACAUUAAGAACAUUUGUUGAUUAAAUCUAAUGUUUUCUUUUUUAGAAUAUUAAAUAGCAAACCACACAAGUGGUUAACAUGUUGGCCACACAGUCACGAGAUCUGGAAGAUCUUGGUUCCAAUCUCCACUGGGCAUCUCUGUGUGGAGUUUGCAUGUUCUCCCCAUGUGUGCGUGGGUUUUGUCUGGGUGCACCACUUCCCUCCCACAUUCCAAAAACAUGCAUGUUAGGUUAAUUGGAGACUCUAAAUUGUCCAUAGGUAUGAAUG